GCGACGCGCAGCUGCAACCCCGUCGCUCUCCCGAGGACCCACGGCAUCAGUGAACGAGACGGCGCGGUUUCGUGCGGGCUCGUAUCGCAUCUCCUCAGAGAGUGCUCGGGGUUGCGAACACGCGGAGGUUAAGCCUCGGCGUCGGGUGCACCCCGUAUCGCCGUCGCCGUUGUCGACGUCGUCGUCGCUGUAACUGCCAUACGGACGAACGUGGCAUACGCGGCAUAGAACGUUUCUCUGGGGCAUCGAGGGUGAGAGGGUGCGCCGGCGGGGGGAGGGGAGGGAGAGCAGGCGACGGGGAAGGAUGUCGAUGCGCCGUCGGUGGUCGGUUUCGGGGGUUGACUCGCGCCGCGGGGGCGAUGAGCGCACUUCCCUCCGCCCUAAGACUGACCUGCUGCUGCUGCUGCUGGCUCCUGCUGACCUGCCUCGUCUUCUUGAUACCCGCCUGCAUCUGCGACACGCGGCAGGUACGCCGGACCCGAGAACGGCCAGGAGGUGAUGACGCGGUACGCGGAUCCAGCUACCUCAACAGCAACGUCGAUAUUUACGACGACGGACAGAUACCCACAAAUGGCGACGACGAGGAUUACCUCGAGACAAAUAUUACCGCGGAGAAGGGACGGUACUUGGGCUCGCCUUGCGAUCUCGUGUGCAAUUCCGAGCUACAGCACGUGUUCUGUGAUGCAAUCACUGGCCUUUGCGAGUGCGAGAAGUUCUACCCCGUUCGUCUCGGGCCUACCAAGGGAUGUGCCAAACCCAAAAGACUCGGAGAGCAGUGCUUCUACCGUGCGACAUGCACUUUUGCGGAUCAACAUUCGACGUGUACCCAAGUUCAACACAAUGCGGUGUGCGAUUGCGAAGAAGGAUAUCACAGGGUUGCUCUCUCUAGGCCUAACAAGAAGGUUUUCUGCGCGGAAGAUCUGGUGCUGAUAACUACGGACCUCCCAACCCUACUCUGCAUAGCAUCGGGGAUAGCCAUCUUCACGGCGAUGAUAUGCUUCGUGCUCAAACUAUUCAGCCGGGCGAGGUAUUCAAGGCCGCGGCAUUACGCCAACGCAAACCAUGCGCCACCAAUGCUGUUUUCCAGCGAUACGGGCAUUCCACUGACGCUGCACGGACGACCGUCCUCACGAUCGAGCGAGCGGAGCGGCAGCGCCGGGCCUCUUAGUUGCGCGUUCACCAGGAGGCCCAGCAGUGGUGGUAGCCGCGGACCCCUGGUACCAGCGUCCCGAGCAGGUUCCCGCCGUCCUAGUUUAGCGUCGGUUCACAGUUCAACGUCCUCAUCCCGUAGCUACAGCGCGCGUCGACUCGAGAAAGAAAGGAAUGAUAAGGAGCAGCGCCAGGCGCUUCAAGAUCUUCGACUGUCGAAACAGCGGGAACAAGUGCAGCAACAGCAGCAACAGGUGAUGCCGACACCCAGCCCUAGGACUCCUCAUUCUACGGACGAAUUGCUGCCUUCAGUCGAAGAAGGGAAGGAAGUCUUUUACAACGAGCAAGUACCGACGACGUCAGAUGUAUCAGAGACCGCACCAAUGACGACGAUGACGACAAUGACGAUAACGACGACAAUUACGACGGCGAUAACUACUUCUAACGCGAUCCCAACCCGAAUAGGCGACAUUCCGCCAAUGACAACGCCGACGACGUCCAUCUUCGACACGAGCGUUGCGCCACGGGCUUCCGAUGACAUUUUUCAAGUAUAGUCGGCGGACUCGCACGGUUUAUUGAUAACCUUUUUAUUGUAUUUGCAAGUAUCAAUCAACAGUGGCAUCAACACUACGCUACGGCAUUGACAUGGAGAUGCGCGUACGUUAAGAAAUGCGAAAACACAUUUGCGGAAAGAUACGCGUUAGUAUAAGUAGGUGCAAGAGUAAGUUAAUCAGUACUGUGUCCACGUUAAAAAGUUAACAUUUUUUAUAUAUUUUAUAUGAUGUAUGUGACAUAUAAUCCGAUUACGUCCACGGUGACUUCCUCCCUAAGCAACGAUUAUAUGAAAUAUCGAUUUUUGCAACUUCAAUUAUUAAAAUAUUUGCAAUCUUUUGCGAAAUAUCUGUGUACAUGCUUUUCGAAUUAUAUGUUCGUUCCUUUUAAUUAAACUAUUUUUUUAAUUUUUGAACGUAGUAAUCGGAAUAACAUUAAACAAACAUCUGACAACUGAGUCUGCAUAAUUUAAUCUAUAAUCACAGAAUUUUUAAUUUGACUUCCUUUAACACGCUACGUUACAUCGCGAAAUCGAUUUCACAAUUGACUUUAUAAUGUGGACAAAGUAGAAUUGCAAAUGCAAACGGCACCUUCUAAUUGAACAUGCUUGGGCACAAGUGUACUUAAACGAGUAAGAGGGUGAUGACGUACUAAAACAUAUUUUUACUCGAUUACCUGCGCAGGCAGGUAAAUAAUUAUGAAUGCAACAGGACAUUUGAAGAAGAACAAGAGCUAAUAAAAUAAUUGCAAUGAGAUAAAGCGACGGAUAUUCUUUUUGAAUGUCUCAGUAGUAAUACGAGCGAAGAUACUCGUAGGUAUAUCCGAUCGGAAAUGCUUAUAACUAUGUCUGAGUGUGAGAAAGAUGCAUUUACGCUUAGCCACUUAAUAUGCUAAACCAAUAUUCGAAACCGACAACAGGAUAUUCCAGAAGUACAAUAAAAUUGGGAAAGUGGAAAGAGGAAUAUAGCGUUUCAAUGCUUUGAAGUCGAUGAAUCGGACUUAUGUUAGUUCGAAUAUCAGAUAUGAGUUCUAUAAAAUAGAGAUAUUUUUCAUGAUAACAUAUGAAGAUCGUAAUUAACUAGAUCGAUUAACUAAGUACCUUCGGUAUCGGAAAAUUUCGAAUAGUACAAACUUGGAAUUUUAUGAAAUUCGGUCAAAAGUUAUUUUUAAAGAUCAAUUAUAUAUCGAAAUGAAGAGACAAAAUAAUAUAUCAACUAACGACCGAUGAAAACGUUUUUCAGUCGGUUAUGUGCUCAGUUGCAAAACAGUUUACACAUUUUUAUUUUUCCCAAUAAAGUUGUGACACUCCGGGUUAUUACAAUUGAGAGGCACGUUUACGUAGUAAUCGGUUUUAACGGGAGCUGAAAUAAUGGUAUACGAUGUCAACCUUUUAUUAUACUCUUAUUUGACAGAUAAGAAUGUAAUAAAGGUACUUACGUUUCUCCUGAAUCUUUAAUUGCAAUUAUGAUAUUGGAUAUCUCAUAUAUAUUGUCACUUUGCUUCCCGUCAUAACCAAUUACUGUGCAAACGCGUCAGUAAUGUCUCUCAAUUGUGAUAACUUAAUGUGUUGCAACUUUGUUGAAAAAAAAAGUGUGCAAACUUUUUUACCACCGAGCAUACGUAUAUAUAUUUCCAUUAAAAUAAUUUUAUAUAAUUUACAUAUCAGAAUGUGUCAUAAUUAUGAUAUAUCAAAGAACAUCUGUAUUUGAUGAAAGCAUUGAUUCGCCGAAAAAACAAUGUCAUUCAAAAAAAAAAAAUCCUAUAAAACUUCAUAUAAUUCCCCAGCAAAACCAAGUAACAAUUAUAUAACUGUUAAUUAUAAUUUCCCAGUCAAAAAUAUAAUGCACGCGUUAUAUAACAAUUAUAUAACAGUUAUAUUGUUGAGUGGGAAAUUAUAACAAUUAUAUGACUGUUAUUUGAUGUUUGCUGGGUUCUUCACGAUAUGAAAAUAUAAUCGUACUCGAUUCAAGAUACAAGAACGUUUAUUCAACUGUAUUGAGAUGAAUUAUCAUUAUGUGAGAGACUCGAUUGAGAAAGAGAGAGAAAAUUUCGAUAUCAUACAUGUUCAAUGAUUGUGUGUAAUUGUUGUAUGAUUAUUUGUUUAAGUCAGAUCAUAUGUAAACUCGUGAAAUCGUUUGUCGAAGUAUAACUGCGUAUCAACAAGCCACAAAGCGCUAUUUCGUUCGAUUUCGAUCGAAUAAAGUCGAAUUAUAUUAUAAGUUCUUAGUAAAUCGUCAUAUUAAAUUUUUCAUUCCACUGAAAAAAAUUAUGGUUUGACAGAGAAGCUAGUUAAAAGAACAAUCUCGAUCUCAGAGAUCGAGACUAAAUAUACUUCUGCCCAUAUAUAAGCGAUAAAAAUUAUGCACUAAUUUUCUGUCAUGUAAAUGGAUAAUGUGAUUGUAAGAACUACAAGAAACACACUUUACUGCUGCUAUUGCAGUUCAGUUGUAUCGCUUUCCUACGGAUGGAAUAGCAUUUACAAUAUUGGGCGAAGACUUUUACCUUUCAAUACGAACUUUCCGUUAACUCGUUUUUAGAUAUACGACCAAAAAGAGUGACUUAUUCAUCAAAUAUGAAUACAUACGCGCAUGACGCGGUAUACACAGGCUUCGUUUAUAUCUUUAGAUAACUAACAGCGAAAUGAAUAUGUGGUAGAUAUAUCGUAGUGCAUUUGUUGAAAUUAAUCUACUACUAAUUAUUCUUUGCUACGUAGCAAUGUACACUAUCGAUUAUCAUGUAAAAACGAAACUCAAAAUCCGAUUAUUUAAAUGAAUUUCCUUAAUCGUUGCUUAAAUAUUAACUGAAUUAUUUAACUCAUACGCACAACAUGCGUCGUAUUUUCAUAUUCAAAUGACAAAAGGAUCUCAUCGUCAAGAUGUCUCGUCUGCAUCAUACAAAAAAAGAAAAAAACGAAAAAAGGACACGAUAAAGUUACUCUAUUACGUGAGCGUUAUUUUCCACAAUUUGCGCGUUUGCAAACAUUAAUCAUCGCGUUCCGGAACUGCGUCACGAGCCUUCAAAGUAUAACCCGUGGCCACAAGCUAGAUUCGCAAGUGUAAAACGUAGCAACACAAGUCGUUAAGGAGAGUUAUUACACGGACGGUACGAUCAUAAAUUGAAGAUCGACAGAUUGAGGUGUCAGACAAUGAGAAAGAGAGAAAAGGAUGACGUAAAUAUAUCGUAUUAUUAUAACAAAGCGACGUAUAUCGACAUUCUCGUGUUCGGAUAAUUUACGCUGCCUUUCCCGAGUAAAUAAUUAGAAAAAGAGAAAAGAACGAUGAGCGUUAAACUCCAAGAAGUUCUUACACUUACGACAGCUGUAAUAGCGUGAACGCGCUGCAUAGCAUACGUACUUACAUGCAGAUUCACGUACACUUGACACAGAUGUAAAAUAUGUACGUGUUCGGCAACGAUCGCACCUGGUUAUUAGGCUCGAUCGUAGUCGAUCGGUCUACUAUUAUUAUUAUUAUUAUUAUUGAGAUAAAUGAAGAGGAAUAUAGAGAUGAAUAUAGAGGAGUUAUAUCACACAAAUCCCCAACAGACAGACAAAUAACAAACAAAUACACACACACACACAUGCAUAUACACCUCAUUCUCCCCCUGAAAUACUAAACUCGACUUGCCGCCUGAUUUAUAAAAAAAAAGUCGAUGUACAACGUUAUCGUUUUAUCCCGAUUUUAAAUGUUUACUGUACCAUACGAUUGUAAUAUAGUCGUUGGGCCAAAUAAAGCUCGUUUUUCGAUAUAAGUAUA